UUAGCUGAAGCUUCUGGUUAAACCUGCAUUGACGAACCUUAGCCAAAAAUAGUGAGCAUUAUCGUGAUCCUAAUUAAAAUAAUUUUAGCACAAUAUAGAACUUUAAUCGCCUGUUGAUCAGGUCGCCUAACUUAAAGCGACUCUGAUCUCGUCAAGAAGCCUUAUUUUUGUCGUUCGUAAAUCGAUCAAAUUAGGGGGAUGCUGCAGUCGGAGUGUCGGAGACAAUCGCAGGAAUUUAUGUCGCAUUUAAUUGGAAAAAGCAGUUUUUCCAUAAACGCCAUCGCAAGCAGAAUAUGUCAGUUUCGACCGAGUCAUUUUGAAAGAUACUGAAUUUUGAACCUGCCAAUAUUUUAAUAUUUGCUCGCUGCAGUUAGCUAGCUACGGUAGCUGUCGACAAGAGAAAAGGUCGUUUUUCAAUAGCAGCAGAAUCCCAUAAAGAGUCAUUUUUGGCCUCUCCUCCAAAUCGGGAUAAGGGAAAAGUUGGUACGUGCAGGUCUGAGGCAAAGGUACAGCAACCCCAAGCUGCUUCGCGAUUUCGUUUUUGGAUCUCUAUUUGAUCAAGUGGACAAUAGCCAAGAGCAAUGAAACUUCUGGAGAACUCAAGUUUCGAGGCUCUGAGCUCGCGGCUAUGUGUUGAAACGGGAGACUCUCACAUCCUUGGCAGGAUUGAGAGUUAUUCGUGUAAGAUGGCGGGAGAUGACAAACACAUGUUUAAGCAGUUCUGUCAGGAGGGAGAGCCACACAUCCUGGAGGCUCUGUCCCCUCCCCAGUCCAGCAGUGCCCCCAGCCCAAACCUGCUUGGGAAGAGUGGAGAAGAUGGAGAAAACCCACUGAGCGAUAAAUGCUGCAGGAAGACUCUCUUCUACCUCAUCACCACGCUGAACGAGUCUUUCCGGCCCGACUAUGACUUCAGCGCCGCCAGGGCCCACGAGUUCAGCCGCGAGCCUAGUCUGAACUGGGUGGCUAAUGCAGUGAACAGCAGUCUGUACUCUGCUGUGGGCGAAGAGUUUAACACUUUGGGGCCUGACCUGUGGAACGCCAUUGACCAGGAGAUCAACUUGCAGAACUGCGACAUCUACAGCUACAAUCCAGAUCUUGACUCAGAUCCAUUUGGUGAGGAGGGAAGUCUGUGGUCCUUUAACUAUUUCUUUUACAACAAGAAACUCAAACGUAUUGUUUUCUUCACCUGCCGCUCCGUCAGCGUGCUGAGUGGUUACGGCCGCAGUUGCCUUGACAACGAGCUGGACAUGGAGUUGGAUGAUGAUGAGGAGGAGGUGGAUGGUUUUACAGAGGACAGGUACCCCAGAGCUCUGUGUGUCUAGCACUCUCUCUUUCUGUCUCAGGGACAUCAGCCCAGGCCUCACCCCUGUCUCCAUCUACAUUUUUUCAUUUCAACAUUCUUUUCUUCAGCCUCCCUUUCCAUCUGUGUUUUGUUUGACUCUAUCGUCGCCUUGAUGCCAGCUUAAGAAGAAGAAGAACAACAAAAUAUCCUAAAAAAAAAAAAAAUGACUCAACUUCCUUCCAUUGAAUUUGUUGUUUGUUAGCGUGUUUCUUAGCCUUGAUCAGCUGAACUGUGAAACAGUAUGGAUUCCAUGUGGACAUUUCGAAAAUGCCAACAGGCUACUGAGUCCUGCAAAACCUUCUCUCCUCUUCAAAACCGGUGAAGAAUUCUGAUUGGAGGUUCUCCAUAGACUUAAAUGAGGAUGAAAAGAUUUUUUUUUUUUUACAGAAAUACAGUGUGCCUAUGGCUCAUUCUGUCUUAUGAUGUCACAAUGGACUCUGUGUUCUCCAAGGCAACAUUCUCCAAUACCAGCAAACAAAAGAAGCAUCCAAUCAUGCACUGAUGAACUGUUGUGUGGGCAGGACAAGAAGAGCCACUGUGAUUGGUGGACUGCUGAACUGAGCGUUUUUAUUUGCUCCCUAUCUUCCAGUUUUACGCAGCAAAUUCACUAGUGUUAAUUUAAGUCUGAGAGUGUUUGUAUGGUUCCACACUGGUAUAGGUAACCAUACAGAACUUAAUUUACAUCUGUGAAUUUGUUGUGUAUGGUGUGUUUUUGUUUUUAAAUGCGAUUAAGUUUUUUUUUGUUUUUUUGUUUUUUCAGUGUUGUUGUGUGAAUCAUACUUUUAUGGUAGCGCUGAGUAGAGUCAACAUGCCUGAACGCUCUAGCGGUGCAUGUGUAAGAGAGAGAGCGGGCAGAGCAAAGCAAUAAAAGAACUUGGAUUUUGCAGCUAACAUUUCUGUCUGUCAAGAUUGAGCACAGCUUGCAUACUGUGCUCAUGCUAAACAAUACCCCACUCUCCCUUGCCCAGUGAUACCUUCUCCUCAUCCUCGUUUUAACAGACUCUGUGAACGGGUAUCUUUUUUCUUUGAAUGUCCUCAUAAUCCAGCUGAGCCUUUCUUACCCCACCGCAGUAAAACUCUACUUCUGUGUAAUUAAAGUUUGUGAAAUAUUGCUAUUGCUUGUUAAUUUUUCCCCCCAAAGAGUGUGAUAUUGUUAGAACUCUUCUGUACUUUCUGUAAUUAUCAUAUUCCUGGGGAUUGAUUUUAGAUUUAGUGAGGGCUUGUAACAGAGUAGCUGUUUGUACUUACAGUGGCUAUUUUACUGUCUUUGAUUGAACUCUCGCACAGAAAGUAAGACAACCACGUUAGGAAGUGUUGGCUGCCACAUUGUGUCUCUUUUGUUUCAUUUACACUCAAAGCAUUACCCCGUUUUUAUGACUCGUUCACUCGCUUAACGAUGGGUUUGAAGAGUUCAAGAUGAUGUUUGUGCAUAUUUCUGUGUGUUCACAGUUUGUUUUUCUUAAAACAUUUCAGAAUGGAGUAGGAUGUACAGCAUCCCUCCUUUCUCUCUCUUCCUCUCUCUCUCUAUUUUAGGGACCUACCCUCUGUUCUCAAAAGCCUUGUUUUUAUUUACAUUGUUGUUGUUGUUGUUGUUGUUGUUGUUGUUGUGUGAACCCUUUUGAUG